AUGAAUACCCCAACUUCCGUCUCUCACUUAGAGUCUCUACCCGCAGAGCUCUUCAACCGCGUUUUAAGCUAUGUGUUUAAUCCUUGCGAUUGUGAGAUCGACGAGUCCGACACCGCGUUCGGCGGUUACCGCUUCGAAACUUCCCUUCUGCGCAUCAGCAAGAGCAUCCAUGAGCUCGCGAAGAGCUAUGUGCAUCACAUGCUGUCUUGGAUACGUUUCGACAUCAACUGGGGCGCUUUCGCAAUUCAGCCACACUGGCUUGGUGUAAAAUACAUCAAUAUUCGCCAUGUCAAAGCCGCCAAAACACUCCCGGACGGAUAUCUGAGCCUGAGCCUACGGCCCGUACCUCAGGAAGCUCCAGCUGGGCGUUUACACAUCAAGAUAGAGUUUCCACAUGCCAGCGAUGAAACCCAAGAGGGUGUUACACGCAUGGUCAAGAGUGAUGCAAACAUCUCGAUGUCCCUGCUAGUACUUGAGAAAGACCUACCUGGUUUCAUGCAGGUACUUCGCAUGAACGACCUAGCCUAUUGUCACCGCAAAUUCCCAGGAACUACAAUCUCCAAUGGUAUACGUGCGCGUCCUGGUGUUCACGGUAUGAGAUCUGAGAUCGUUGUCGCACAUGGCCAACAGCUCGAGCGCUAUCAACAUCUAGUCUUAGAGUUUCACGUCAUGUGGAAUGUCCUCCACAAGACUACCAUUACUGGACACGCAGAUAGCCAUCUUGCUAAGAAGUCUGCGGACUUUAUACAGGGGCAGCAUGAACAUCAAGCGCGAGAGUCGGUCGGUUUCUCGAAAGCAGACAUGAACGCUAAAUUGCCUAUCGAGCUCAUGGGAGAAGGGAUAUCAUCUCUCCUUUGGCUCAAACACCGGGGCGACGAGUAUCUCACAAAAGGCUUAUACGCAAAUGCUUACAUGUGCUACUCUAGCGCAUGCACCCUUGAGGAAUACUGGCUAAAAAUGGCCCCACCGCCUGCUAAUUUCACCGUUUGGUCACUUGCCGGCUUCCUCUAUGUCACCUUUGGAGUGACGCUCAUGUUCAAUAUGGCGAUCGCCAAGAUGAAAGGGCGCUUGGACUUGGUUCUUAAACAUCCUCGUGGCACAUCAAUGUUUGGAUACUACGGUAUGCUCGCUAUUCUCAGCGGUGGCGGUGGACUUCUUGAUGAUCAACGCUAUAUGGAGCUGAGCAUGGUAGCCAUGAUCUACGAAAUGUUGACUGAGGACCUCAACCAGGGUGAUCGAUUGUUCGAUCUCGUUGGCAAAACUUGGGAGGAUGACGACACAAUCGAUGAUCUAUCGCCAGAUCUGGGCCUUCUGUACGACACUGUCAAGGAACUCGACGAUGCAGAACCCACACCCGCUUCUGGCGCAAAGAGUCCUGAUGGACUGAAGGCAGCAGUAGCAAGUGGCUUCGCAAAUGUCGCGCCGCUGAAGUGGGCGGUCUCAGUUGACAACUUUCCGAAUCCAUUGCGAGAAGUCGUCCAGUUCUUGCCACGGGUUCAGCUCUUGCCGGACGGUGCUGUGGAGAACCCUAGUGGAUACAGCUUCCAGAUUCCGGUGUACUGCCAGCCAACUGAUGAGCAGCGCAUGAAUGGAGAGGACCACCCGAGGUAUCUCGUGUAA